GACAUGAUGACAGUGGCAGUCAAAGUAGGCAAUCACGGACGAUUAUGGCUACGAUUAUAUAUGGGCUCUGUAAUCGUCAAAUCCCGGUAUGAUUUUUUGCCUUAUUAUUUUGGCAGCGAUUAUAGUCAAAGGCACAAUCCCUUUUGUGAUCGUCUACUCCGACUACGCCUAUUGCAUUUUCCAUACUAGCACCAUGGAUCUACUGCCUAUCCAUCGUAACCUUUCUUCCUAUUCCUGUUUCAAAAACAUUUGAACACAAAGUACACGAUAAUUGCUUAGCACUCUGGUCGAUCGCUCAACGUUCAACGUUCAACGUUGUCGUAAGUUGGCAGACGAGAGUUCUGUUCAUGAUUCAUAUACCAACGUAAAACGCACGGUGGUUAUUAUCACGAUGCCAUGCAACUAAUCCUCGUCUACGGUUCGCCAAGUAUUUUCCGAGUCGCAGUUUUGCGCACACAUUGUUUAGAUUUUCCGAAGUCCAGACUCCAAAAUUGCGAGGGUCACAGAAAGGCGUUUGCGCACUUCAAGCAAUACCGCCGAAUGGGAGGUUCUAGAGGAUGUCCACAACCGACAUUGGUGAAACUUAAAAAG